AAACUGUCGUUGUGCCUGCAGAAAGGUGAUGUUGGACAACAAGGAACUCAGGGGGUUCCUGGAAGACCCGGAGGUCCAGGGAGGGAAGGACCUCCAGGACCCAGAGGACCUCCUGGAACUAAGGGAGAGAAAGGUGAACGGGGAGAUCUCCAGUCGACAGCAUCAGUUCAGGCCAUUGCCAGACAGGUCUGUGAGCAGCUGAUCCAAAGCCACAUGGCGCGCUACAACAGCAUCCUGAACCACGUGCCGAGUCCUCCGGUGUCAAUCCGCACAGUUCCCGGACCACUAGGAGAGCCUGGUCGAGAAGGACCCCCAGGACCACAGGGAGAACAGGGACCCCCAGGCAGACCAGGCUUCCCAGGACAGAAUGGACAGAAUGGGCAACCAGGAGAAAGAGGACAACCAGGAGAGAAGGGUGAUAAGGGAUCUCCAGGUGUUGGUGUUCAAGGACCCAGAGGACCUCCAGGACCACCUGGUCCCCAGGGACAGGGCAGACCAGGUAGCUCUGGACCCUCAGGACGACCUGGAAAUCCCGGAGUACCCGGUCGGCCCGGAGCCCCGGUCCCAUCGGCCCCAGGGGCCUCCGGGUUACUGUGA